CCCCCACCCCCUCCUAGACGAUGCUUCUUCGGCCCAGCUACGCGACCACCUCCACUGCCAUCCCCAGUUAGGCCCACUGUCUUCCUCUCUAGCUGAGCAGAGGAGCGGCGACCAGCAGCUCUCGAAGAGGGAGAUCGGGAUCGAGAUCUGGAGUGAUCGAGAGUGAUUGGGGGAAGGCUAACAGCCAAGAGCACCGAGCGUCCAGUGUCGAACGGGGAUCCCAACGACAGUCUAGGACGAUCUCGAGUCUGGCCAUGGCGCCGCCGAUACUCGUGUCGUCCCUUCGAAUUCGCAAAUUGAUCAUCGCGAGCAUCAUCCUGAUUACGGUACCUUCGGGGCACUCUGACCUCAGCACCAGAUCCACUCUCACCCCUGGCAUCGGUGCGAACGACCCUCUUCACGACAACGUUUCGCAAGACGAUGAGGCACGGAAGAACGAUUAUCGCAGCACAGAAUCUUCGAAUUAUGUCGGCAGACAUUCAUCGACAUUGAACGACGAUAACACGAACUUUAUAGCGUACAAGGAUACGAAAUGGAAAAACUGCUAUUUGGAAAAAAUGCAAAAGACAUCCCAUCAGCUGGCUGAAACCUCGAAAGGUCCACAGAAAUCGCACUCAUCCGGUCCGAGAACAUUAUACGGCUCGAUUAAUUCGCUUACAAAACUAGAGGCCUGGCGACUGGCUGGCGGUAAAAUCGUUGAUUUUUGUAGUGGUAUGACGAUAUCGCUACUCGAAGAAACAAGACCCGUGCCGAACUGGACCGAUGACCCAUUCUAUAACGAACUCCCUGAAGACGAAAAUGACAUUAUUCAGAUACGCGCAAUGGAAAGUUUACUGACACCGUUGCUUGAACGCAUCAAAAGGAAAACGCUUCUCGAGAAUCGCAAAGCUCUUGACUCGAAGGGACAGGAGAAGUGGGGGAUGUCGCAAGGACAACGGCGCACCCGACGACAAGCACCGCCCAGUCCUUAUCAAGGCCGAUUCCGCGGGCAGACGCAGUCGCAGUAUUUGAAUGUCGACGGAGACAGCCAAAAGGCAGGCCGAGCCGAGGCGGAAGCCACCCACGAGUCUUCGCACGCCAUUGUCAGCGGAAACAGUGGAAUGGGCCAGGCGCAGAGCAUGUCGGCUGGUGGACUUGGGUGCGAGGGAUGCCCGCUGGCUUCUCGCGGAGGAGAAGCUCUUUAUCCUGGCGCUGCUAUUCAAUCCAGCACGAAAGACCUAAUUCCAAAGGGCGGUGGGUACGUGACCACAGGUCCAUCGUUCACUCAAGUAGGAAGCCAAGGAUACCCGGGACUAGUCGGUCCGUCUCCAGACCUUGGGACGCGUCCUUUCACUCAGACACUCGAACCCAGGAAGUCAUGGAAUUCUCCAGGCGAUACACGGUUCUCAACGUCCACGUCUGGUGUCAGUGGCACCCCUGGAUCCGGCUCGGGAACGGGAUCCGGAACUGGAACUGGGUCGGGAAUUGAAUCGGAUUUAUAUCCCCAUUCUUCAGGCGGAAAGGUACCUUUCCCUUAUUUGUAUCGUACUCCUGGCAAUAAUGGUAUUCAACCAUCUGGGGGAAACAUUCCUGGAGCGGGGCUCUAUCCUGAUACGAGCCUAGUUGGCAGAGGUCAACCUGGUAGUGACAGCAUCAACGGGAGUCCUAUCCCAGGUUCGGUUCCUUCGCAAACCUUUUAUCCCAGCUCACCGGGCAAAGACACGACAGGUCCUAACAUAUCUGGACCUGUCCAGGGUGGUACAACAAACCUACCCGGAGCAGUCUCUGCCACUCGUACAGGCCCAGAGAUUAAAGGCACGUCCGCCGGUAUAGACCCUCAUGGAACUCCUCCCGAGUCACAGUUUUAUCCUGGUUCGUCAGGAGAUAAUACAAAUUCUGGCGGAUCUUAUCCAGCUAGAAUUCCUUCCGCAUCGGGUCCAGGAGAAUCAACAUUUUACCCUGGCACUCAAGGAGGAACGAGAGUCUCCGGCAAUGUCUAUCCCGCAUAUUAUCCAGGUGGCACACUGAGUCCUUCUGAACGACAUUUCGAUGGCAGACUUCAUGGUACAAAUGUUGACGUCCAGAACAAUCGUAACGCCGGCGUCUAUCCUGGUAUAUCAAAUGAGGGCCCAGGACAUACGUAUGGUAACGCACCUUAUUGGAGUCCUGAAGGCCGGGGAUCAUAUCCUGGUUCAUCAUACGACUCCACCUCAGGAAGAGACGUCUAUAGUGGGCAACCUCCACCGUUUUCAGGGCCGUCUGUAUCUUCAAAAUCUUAUCCUAUUAAUAAAUACGGAGGGCCAGUCACUGGUAGUAAAAUAUAUACUGGUGUUGGCAAUGACGGCGCGGACAGGGGUCCAGUCUAUCCAGGCCAUAGUGUCCCUGCAGAGUAUACAAGGAUAAGCGGUUACCCCGGCGAUGUUAACAGUCAAACACCACUUACGACACAAGGAAAACCGGCAAUAAGUGCAACAAGGGAAACGGAUCGAGUAGAGGGAACCGGAGGAACGGCAGAAAUCAGCGAUGGAAGAAUGGACGGAACUAGGUUGUAUGGGCCGUCCUUAGAUGAAAUUGCCCCAACAAGAUUUCCAUAUUCGCAUUCGCCAGCGAAACAGGGCCCAAUGUACUUUGGAGAAUCUGGUGGAGCUGGAUCAGAUGGCGCCGGUGUUGCAACUCCCGGAGCAGUGGGAAUAACGAGUCACGAAGGAACUGCAGGAGGAAGAAUAUUCUAUCCCGGGCCACAAAGCGGAGUUAGUAUUCCAACUGAAGGCCGCAGUGCAGUCUUAUAUCCAGAUGGUACAAUGCCUGGAAUCGGCCAACCAGGUUUGAUACCUCAAGGAAGAUACGAUGGACAUGACUCCCGAGGGACUUUCGACGGAGAUCGAUACUAUAACCGGCCAUCGAGCUCUUGGCCAGUUUAUCCACAUGCCAAUGUAGAUCCUAACAAUGGUGCCACUAGUAUAUUUGGAGGUUCUCAAAACUACCCAGUCAACGUCCAGGAGUAUCCAACUAAUGUGCCUGGCAUCGGAGGAAGAGGCGGACCAAUGGGAGUAGGACAACAAUAUCCUAACGGCGUUGGAGUUGGUCCUGGUGGCGUCAGGCCGCUCGAUACUACAGGAGUGGCCGAUAACAGAUAUCGCGACAGAAACGCUAGUGGUUUACCUCCUUCAGGAUUACAACCGAAUCAGCCGAGCAUUUACUAUUCAGGAUCAGUAGGAAGUAAUCGGGCAACUGGAUUACCUGAUUCACCUAGUAUUUACGGUCUUGUUCCAGAAGGUGGAUAUGGAACUAACGGUGGUCCUGGAUCUAUUGGAGAUGUUGGUGGUACUGGUGGCGCUACUGAUAUUAGUGCCGAUGGUAAAACUCUGGGGGCAGGCUCGAACGUAGAAGCGGAUGCAAAUGCGGAUUCGCAUGCGUCAAGUUCGGUAAAACAAGGAGAAAAAGGUGGAACUCAAGCAAGUGCAUCGGCCCAAGGAACUUACGGAGGAGGAACAGCACAAUCGCAAGUGAGCGGAACUUACAGCGGCAGUGGCUCAUUCUCUGCUCAAGCUGGAACAAGUGACGCAAGCAAAAGCGCCCAGAGUCAAGUGAACGGCGGCAAGGAGGGGGCGGCAAGUAACGCUCAGGGCGUCGGUGGCCGCGGCAAGAGUCAGAGUCAAGUCCAGUUGGACUCUGAGAGUGGUGCGACCUCCACAGGGGCGCAGAGUAACGGCUGGAAUCAUGGCACUAACAGUCAGGUGCAAGCGAGCUCAAAAGGCGGAAUGGCGGAUGCCCAGGCAAACGGCGAGGGCAGCACUUCCAGUCAAGCACAGAUUGGAUUCCAACCAUAUCUUAAUCGCAACUCGAAUUUUAACGACGGGCAUGAGAAACACGGGCAGGAGAGACCAUUCCGCGGCGGUGGUACCGCUUCAGCCCAAAGUGGCACUUAUAGAGGUCAAUCCCAAUCCCAAAUACAAGGAUCUUUCCUGUACGGGAUCAGCUAUACAGGAGCAGCGCAAGCCGGAUCUGGAUCUGGUGCUGCUGCUUCUCGAAAACCCUUCAACUUUUCGACAACGGAUCAACCUCUUUUCAAGAAAUUCGAAUCCUACGAUGCUCUCUCCGCAUCAGCACCCGAGAGAAAUUCUUCUCCGAGGGACGAUGAUCUAAACGUUAAUUACAAAUUCGAAGAUAUUCCAAUCGUCAUGCAACAGGAAACUCAAAAUCAAUCAGUAAGUAAUACCAAACUCUUCUCUGAACGUGGUGGACCGGAUACUGACGCCCUUCAAACGUCGAGCUCACAACGAAAGACUGUUACGGUUCCGCUAACGACGGAAAAGCAAGAGAAGUCCACCGUGUUGCCGAGUAGCAGUAUAGACGCUGCGUACGAGGCCGGAAACAUGACUGAUGAUUACGAAUACGAGGAUGAGGAGGAUUACGACUCAUCUGCGACGCCAAACGCUCCUCGAGAAGAAUCGCCGCCCACUGUUCAACAUCAUGAUCUAAUCCCGUCAAAUAUACGGAACGUUGACGGCGACAAGUUCGACUAUGACGCAAAACACGAGGCUAACAGCAAUGACCAGCUAGCUCGAAACGAAAAACUAAACGGCAGCAAAGAGUCAACGAAUCAUCGUUAUAGCAUUCACGUGCCCCAAGAUCCACUUACAGCGAUACCACGCGCAGGUGACGUACUAGAGUCUGGGCAAUCAUUGCCAGGAUACACGGUGCCACCAGGAUUCCGUGGACGUAUCGCUUCGCUUCCCGAGCCUGCCAAAGCUUCUGAUACGCACAACUCUCACAGUCGACCUGCCUUGAAUCCUAGCGAGUCGCAUGGUAUACACGACGCAAGUCCCGCUUUACAAACAAGAUCAUCGCACACCCACCGUUACCGUGAGCGUAACCCCACAACUCAACGAAAAUACUUUUCCCACCCAUCCGGAUUCGGCGAGAAUCGAAUGCAGCGACAACCCUCACAUUCUGUACCCAACACCUACCUAAGAGCGAAUUUUGCGUCAAACCCCAAUUCCGAUGCGGAUCUCGAUACUGGUCCGUCUUACGGUCGACCUCCAAGACCAAAUUAUUACACGGUGACGAACAGUGUCGCUGGCAAGAUGGACGAUAGUAACGGCAGCAGAAAUGCAGGACGAAAGUACGAGCAUCGUUAUUAUACGAAGAGCUCGACUUGCGGAUAUUUUACCUUCUCCUGCAACAUUGUCCACGGUUCAAAUGGUCGAACCAAGAUCUGUAAGCCUAAAGUACCGACUAAUCCUGACGGCAGCCCCAUGAAGUGUUGAAGUCAACGUCAUUUAAUAACAGCCGACCUUCUAACUGAACCUUUAUUACCAUUGCUAUAUAAUUAUUAAUUGCUUUUCGACGCUAAUAUAUCGCACAUCUACUUAGUAUUUAUAACUUCUUUCUCAAUUCAUUAUCAAUAAAAUUGAAAUUAACAAACUCACUCGGUCGUUCCGAUGAGCAAUGUCACUAGUUCCUUGCUGGGCACAGAUACUAUUUAUUGACCAUGAAAAAAAAAAAGUUAUCAUGGCUCGAUACCACUGAUGUCUAUUUAAAAAAAAAAAGGUACUGUUUCAUCUACGU